GCGAUUCGUUUUCGUUUACGUUUACGACUACGUUAACGUUGAUCGUUUCGUCAUCUUUCAUAUCAUUUUCAUUCACUUUGCCAUAAAUAUUUGAAGUAUUUGGGCGUCAUUUGUGUUAAAUUAUUUUGAUAUUUUGCGCAUAAAAUAAAACGUUCAGUUAAAACAUUAAAUAUUGACUUAAAAUGAGUUCCGCCGCAUCUACUGCACUUUUCGCUUGUUCUCGUUGUUUCUCAAGACAUCCUUUCGAGGAAUUGUCUCCUGGAGAACAACUUUGCAAGGAGUGUCGUGGAUCUUUUCCCGUCGUGAAGUGCACAUACUGCCGUUCGGAGUUUCAACAAACAAGCAAAUCUAAUACUUCCUCGAUCUGCAAAAAAUGUGAGGCAAAUGUCAAAGCAUAUGGAAAGCCCACAGCGUGUGAAUAUUGCAACACUAUUGCUGCAUUCAUUGGAAACAAGUGUCAACGGUGCGCUAACUCCGAGCGCAAGUACGGGUCCGCCGUCACUUGCGAGCAGUGCAAGCAGCGCUGCGCGUUUGACAGACAUGACGAUGACAAGAAGGUUGUGGACGGCAAGCUGCUGUGCUGGCUGUGCACGCAGUCGCUCAAGCGCGCGCUGGCUCGCACCAAGCAGCACAUGUCUGUGGACAAGCACAAGCACCGCUCACACAAGUCGAAGAGCAGUCACAAGGACAAGCGCAAGUCCGACAUGAUGAAGUCUAUGGGCUCGGGGGACAUGUCUCUCGACUCGCAGCCCAUGGAGAAGAAGUCCAAACACAAUGCUCCGCAAGGUGAAGUGGAUCCGAAUAGUUCGGACCACGUGGUAGCGAUGACCCAGCUGAAGGAGACCAUCGCCAGCCUACAGAAGAAGGUGCAACAGAAAGACAUGGAGUUGCUCAGCAAAGACAAACUGAUAACCGAGCUCAAAGCGCAGCACCACAACGACACAACGGACCUGCGCAGCGAAAUGAAGAACAAGGAGCGUUUGAACGAAACAAAGUUCACACUCAUGAACUCAAAAAUACAGAACCUCCUCAAAGAAGUGGCAACACUCAGCAAAUCCGCUAAAAAGAACAAUAAAAAUACAAAAUCAGCGCUCGCGAACGCUGAAAACAGCGGCAGUGGCACCGACAGCCCGAGCACCAAUUAGAACAAUUUAUAGUCUAGGAUACGGCGCACAGGUUUUCUAUGGUUUGAAUACAUACAAAUUAUUAACAGUGACAAGUAUGAAUGGCCGAACGGUAUAACACGUUCGCUGCGGUACGAGGUCAAUUGACCUCGAACCGCGAGGUCGAUACACUAAUGUACGAGGUCAAUUGACCUCGUACAUCUAGUGUAUUUAAGAGUUACAAGGUCGAUGGACCUCGUGCCGCAUCACAUGAAGUUUUAGUAUGAGGUAAAAAAACAGAAUGUACAGAAAAAUCAGUGCUGCAGCGAACGUGUUAAAUGUAUGUAAGUAGAUCAAAGUUAUUAUAAUUGAUGAGUGUGUUUAUGUAUUACCUUGAAUCGUGUUACAUUGAAAAAUUAUGUACUUAUUUAAUUUGUUAGAACAAUUGGAUAUAAUAAUUGAAAAAAUUAAAAAGUUAAUAAAAUUAAAUAUAUAUUUAAUUACUAUAGAUAAAAGAUCAUAAUAAAAAUAUUGUUUUAUGUAUUUAUAUAUUUAAUAAAAACAAUAUUUAACGUACACAAUAACGUAAAAUAACACACACACACACACACACACAUUAUACUUAAAAUCCAAUUUAUAAUCAAAGUCAAUGUCAAAAUUUUGUUUAUUCAUUGACUGAUGGUUAAAUCGUCAAUUAUUUGACGUUUUUCUACAUUAUUAUAAAUAAAUUAUAUUUAUUAUAAUUCUUAGUGCAUUCAAAUCGUGUGAAAUCUCGCGUCUGUCUCUGGAACUAUUACUAUUAGUGAUAUUUUAAUGGGAAAUAGACAUUUUCCUUUUAUUUUUUUACUCUACAAAUGAUUUCAUUUGUAGACAUAUUUAAAACUUAAGCGUAAGUAGGUUUCCAUUUUAUAAUUAUUUUUUUUAAUUAUCUAUCUAUAAGCAUCUUACCAUUUUUUUUAUUAUAUAUAACAAAUAAUAUUCAAUUUGGUGCGUUUUUUAUGUCAACUGUAUAAGACAAUAAUGGAAAUUAUAUAUAUAUGCGAUACGCUAUGAAGACCGUUUUGACAACAGCUUAUAGUUUUGAAUUUCAGAACAUUAAAUUGAAAAAAAGGUCAAUUGCAUAUAGUAGCGGAGGAAGUGUAGUAAUUUAUCUACACUAAUAUUAUAAAAAGGUAAAGAGGUUUGUGAGGUUGUAGGGAGUAAUCUCUGGAUCUAUUGAUAUAAUUUUGAAAAUACUUUUACCAAUAGAAAGCCACGUUAUUUGUGAGUGUCAUAGGUUAUUUCCACCCCUUUAUUCCUUUUAAACGAGAAAUUCGUGGAAGUAACUGCAGGGCGUUGGUUAAUUCAUUUCAAUUUAAAUGUAUAAAACAUUUUCUCUGCAUGUUUAGCUAUAUACCAAUGGAGAUGACCUCUGCCUCUGAUUCCGGAGGGCAUAGGUUCGAAUCCGGUUCGUUGCAUGCACCUCCAACUUUCAGUUAUGUGCAUUUUAAGAAAUUAAAUAUCAUGUGGUGAAGGAAAAACAUUAUGAGGAAACCUGCAUACCUGGGAAUUUUCUUAAUCCUCUACGUGUGUGAAGUCUAUUGGCCUAACCCCUCUUGUUCUGAGAGGAGACACGUGCUCAGCAGUGAGCAGAAUAUGAGUUGAUGACUACUUAAGACAUAUAAACGAUAUCCAAAAAUGUCGUAAAAUUAUAGAUACCAUAAAUUAUAUUUUUAUGACUUUAUUUACUGUCUGUUAAUUUACCAAAAUGGUAACAUAAAAACGGUCCAUCUUAUCGUGUCGCACAUAUAGUAAUUAUACAUUUUAAUUAUUUCGAAAAUGACAACAUCUAAAAGAGAUUAAUUUAUGACUGCGGAUAUUUUUAAAAUCAAAAUUUGUUUUUUUUAUUAUGUAAGUAGAUAUAAUAAAUUUCAAUCAGUGAAAUUAUAUGUGUGGACUUUUACACAUCAAUAUUUGUUUUUUUUUAUUAUUAUUAUUUAAAUACAAUCAGUGAAAUUAUUUCGAUAAUAAUUAAUCAUACAAUUUUCUUAUAAUCAUUAAUCCAAUUCAGUUAUUAGUACAAUUAUAGGUACCUAAUAUUUUUUUUAUUUAAUCAAUACCAAAAUUAGAUUUUACAAGUAAUGAUAAUAAUUAUGCCAUCAUAUCAAUAUUUAUUUUUAGACUAAAAAUAUAAUAAAUAAAUUUAAAAAAAAAUAGUUGAGUUAUUUCCAACUCUACAGGAAAAAGAUAUUUCCGAACAGAGAUUGUAGUUACUUUUGUAGAUUUCUUAAUCGAUUUCAAUUUCGUUGUACUAUUCAUGUCACACUGAUCACUUAAGUAUAAAACUCACUAUUACGCCUCGGAUGCGAAACUUCGGAUUCGUACUUAGGUACGGCGCGGUAAGCGAGGCAUAGCUGAGGUAUUUACGUUGUCCGAGGCCUAAUAAUGAGUUUUGACCUUUGCGGGCUACAUACCUGUUUUUUUUUACUGUUAAAUCGUCCGUGUGUGCAAAACUUAACACUGUCAGUUUUAUCUGUACAGUUUUUUUUUUCUAAUGAUUUAGAUUGACAUUUCGAUAUAUUUAAACUUCACAGUUAAAAAUGCGCAGUUAAAGUUAACUAUAUGUUACUAUCAUUUUCUUUCAGAUAUGAUAGACAUUACAAGUGUAAGGCAGUUUUGCCAUAUUUUAAAAGAUAGAAACAAAAACUCAAACUUUUAUAUGAAAAAUAAUGAUACUUCGACUUUUGUUUGAGAGACUAUGCUAUGUAUUAAUAGACGUAUAUAUAAAAUAACAAGAGCAUGGACAUGAGUUUAGUGUUAAUUUCCUCACUGUAAAAAUAAACAUCACAAUUUAUUAUGAUCUCAUGACUUCUUGACUUGAACUUCAAGUACUACGAAUUGUAUUAAGACAGGCCCUAGAGAUGCAUCUAUCACUUGAAAAUUAUAUAAUUACGCUAAAUUGCAAUUAUUUUCAAACGUUUCAAUGUCACAUACUUUGAUGUUGAAAGCAAAGUGAAGAAACUUGCAUGUAAAUACUUCAUAAUGUUGUCUUGGUGUGACAAGAAGUCUGCCAAUACACAACCUCAGUAUGACGAUCUCUUUGAUUUUUCCGAGGCGUCUCAUGACUUAGCUCGCUAAUCCCAACGUUCCAAUGAUCUUGAGUCUUGUAAAAGACGACCAUAGAGAUACAUUUUGUCCUUAAUUUCGUAACGAGACAGCGUUUCGUCCGUCUCAUGACUGUUUGUCCACUAACCCUAUAGACUCCAAUGUUCAUGUAACUCGAAAGUCUGAGUCUUAAAAAAGACGCUCUUACACAUACAUUUUGUCCCCUUUAAUUUCUUGAAGAGACAUCGGUUCGUCCGACUCAAUUUUUUGUGUCAUUUUGACGUGGAUUUCAAUCCAACUACAGUGACGAGGCGUCUCAUGACUGUUUGUCCACUACCUCUAUAGGCUCCAAAGUUGCUCUAACUCAAAGAUGAGCCUUACAGAGGAUGCUCUUACACGUAGAUCUUAUUCCCUAAAAUUUCUUAAAGAGACAGAUCGUCCGCCUCAAUUUCUAGCGUCAUCCUUACGUAGAUUCCAACUGCAGUGACGAGGCGUCUCAUGGCUAUACACCCUUAUGCUCCAAUGUUUCUCUAUCCAAGGUCUGAGGCUUAUACAAAAAACGCUCUCAGAAAUACUCCAUUAAAUUCAUCGGUUAUAAUGUUCCUGAAAGUCUAAUCCAAUGUCUGUGUUAGAGAAAUGGACGUUUUGUCCGCCUCUAUUUAUAUCGUCACUCAGGCUUAAAUGAACAUUGGAAUCCAUGCCGGGAUACCAAUGUUCCUCUUAAGCCAUGGUCUUACAGAGGCGAUUCCUCCCAUCCGUUCUUCGAUCCCUGGGAAUUUCUUAGAGUUACGCUCGUCCAAGCGUCCGAUGAUCACUGAUUCCAUUACAGAUGGAGAUGUGUACAGUCAGAUAAAUAGACACAUGGCUAAAGAUUUGGCCUAACUCUAGGCAAUCUGAGUAUUGAAUUCAUACUCAGUACUAUAGGUGGUAGGAAAAAGUGAUAUUGAUUCAAUAUCGAUUUCUGUAUCAUAAUAUCGAUGUUUUAUUCAAUUUGUACAUUGGUGUUCUGUGUUAGGUUAAUGUUGGUCAACUAUAAAGUGUGCUAAAAUGCUGAGUCAGUAGUAAGUCUAAGGGUUGAUUUGGUGGAUUAUGUCUAAAGAUAUUAUUAGGCAAAACAGUAUUAUUGUCUGCACAAAAUUCGAUUUUAGGAUUUACCUUUGUUCUGGAAUAUACAUAGAUAAUAAUUAAUUAGUUAAAUAAUUUGAUUGCUCGGCAUUAUGGAACAUAAGGGUCAAAGCUCAUUAGAUCUAGCCAGCACUCGACCAAUAUCGCAAUGGCCUCCCAAUGAUUAAUCGUGUAGUCGAGUAGGUACUUAAACCAAUUGUAUCUGUCAGUAAGAUGCGAUUACUACUAAAUCCGGCAUAAGAAAUGUACCUGUGUGUAAUAUCUGUUAUUUAUUAGGGAUAACAUAUAAAUGAUUGAAAAUAUUCACAUUGGCACAAUUCGAAUAGGUUGCCUAUAAAUUGCGUCCGGAUAAUAUUAUAUUUUUAAUUAAAUUUACUUAACAUACAUACCUUGUUGGUUAAUAGAAAAAAAUCCUAAACUAUUUAAAAGAACAACAGAAUCCAACAGAAUUGAAAACGUAAAGGUUGUGUGCUAUCUCACUGGAACUGGGGUUGCCAGAUAUAAACAUGAAAAUCUUAUUUAUAUGAUUCUAAUGCUUGAUCUUAUACCUAUUCUGUAUCAUGUAGUCUUUAUCGUAAAUAGAUGAGAUGGUUCAAGUUUAGUGCUGGUUUAAGUUAAGUGCUGGUUUAAGUUGAGUGCCGGUUGAGUUGAGUACCGGUUUAAGUUGAGUGCCGACUGGUUCUAAUGAAAAAGCUAUACCUUGAAUUUAAAUUGUGGAAGCUACCACUGAAUGUUUUAGAAUCAAGAGCUAAGGAAUUUUCAAUAUUAUCUAUGUAUUUGGUGUCUAGAUCUAUGAUUAGUUUCUUAAAUCAAUGUCUAGUGAGUAUGGAAACCAAACAAUUUGUCAAAGUACAGUAUAAUACCUAUUUUCAACGAUAAAAAGACUAAAUCGUGUUUCUAUUAUUCUUAUUAUUUAAAAAAUUCUUUCAUGAAUGAAUAAAAUACUUAGUGAAAUGUAAAUUAAAUUCAAUAAAUGGUGUUGAAAUCAA